AGGUUAAAAUAAGGAUUCUCACUAUGUCUGGAUGUCCUCCUGCCCAUCUGCGAUAGUGUAGAAAAAGAGUUGUAAAUGUGGUCCUAAUAAGGAUUAUUUACGGUGAGAAAAUUCUGUGAUGUGAACCCAGCCUACUCAGGUGGAAAUGGAUUUCUCCGAGGCGUAUACUGAUAGAUGUUCUACGGUCGGACAUGCCGCUCGCAGGGGUGAUAUAAAAUCCUUGAGGAGACUAAUUAAAAACGGAAGCAGCGUGGAUGUGGCUGAUAACAGAGGAUGGAUGCCGAUUCAUGAAGCAGCGUUUUCUGAUGCCGCUCAGUGUUUACAGCUAUUAAUUCAUUCAGCUCCAUCCAGGGAUUAUGUAAAGUCAAAGACAUUUGAAGGACAGUCCGCUCUGCAUCUUGCGGCUAAACGCGGGAGUGUUCAAUGCUCCAAGAUUCUGCUACGAGCGGGCGCUGAUCCCAAUGACCUCACCAACGAUGAGACUACCCCACUGUUCCUAGCUGUGGAGAAUGGAUGUGAAGCUGUGGUCAAGCUGCUGCUGAAAUAUAAAGCAAAUGUUAAUGGGCCACAUUCUUGUUCAGGAUGGAAUCCACUUCAUCAGGCCUCACUGAUGGAGCACACUGACCUUAUACAGCUACUUCUCGAGAAUGGAGUGGAUAAAGAGUGCAGAGAUGACUUUGGCAUUACACCUUUAUUUAUAGCUGCACAGUACGGGAAAUAUGAGAGUUUACGCUUACUGUCGUCUCACGGUGCCGAUGUCAACUGCCAAGCCAAGGACAAGGCGACUCCAUUAUUCAUCGCAGCUCAGGAAGGCCACGAGAAAUGUGCAGAGCUGUUACUGUCUACGGGAGCCGAUCCAAAUCUUUACUGCAAUGAUGACGGCUGGCAAUUGCCCAUACACGCAGCUGCACAAAUGGGCCGGAGCAAGAUUCUGGAAAUGUUAAUAUUGGUCACAAGCCGUGUAUGCAAUACUGGGAAAGAUCAAGUGAGUCCAGUGUAUUCUGCAGUUUAUGGAGGACACAUACAGUGCUUGGAUAUGUUAUUGUCUGGAGGCUUUAACCCAGAAGCUCAGGAGUGUCCACUCUUUGGAUGUAAAAGCCCAAUGUCUAUGACUAUUCAGAAAGGGCACUCGGUAAUGGCUCCAAUUCUCCUCAAAUAUGGAUUCCAGCUGUCGAGCUGUUAUUUACAGAGCUGUUUGGAAUACAACAAUUUUCCUUUAUUUCGCUACUUUCUAAGUCACGAUUGCCCUCUGCCUUCUGGGGAUGAACUUGAUGCAUUUAAACGGUCAUCUAAAAGCCAUUACAAAGAAUGGCUGCCCUAUUUGCUCCUGGCCGGACUUGAUCCCAGACCUUUGCUGGAUGCUGCAUGGUUUACAGUGGAUGUGUUGUGGUUGAAACAAAUCAUUCUGGGCCACAUGAAAAGGAUCGGUUCUGUAAAUAACGACAUUGUUAAUUUGACUCUGGAGUUCACUAAUUGGAAGAGGCUUUGUGCAGACAUGGAGCAACUCCUGUCCACCCACGCAGAACACUUCACCUGGAUUCCACACAAGCAUUUCGCAUCCCUCCCAUCACUGAUGCAUCUCUGUCGGCUUAAAGUCCGCUCCCUCUUGAAAACUGAACAUUUACGGUCUAAUAAAUACAUAUCUCGACUGCCUCUUCCUGUCUGCCUUCAAGAUUACUUGCAGUAUUCUGAUGUGCUACAUCUCUAUGGUAUUGCCAGAAAAGAUGAUUCUCACGAGGAUAAUCUAGAAAAUAUCUCUCAAGCCAGUGAUUGAUGGAGUUCCAUAUAUCACCUUGACUGGACAUUAAUACACUGCUCGAGGCUGAACUGUAAUACUAAAUACUGCCUGUAAAUAUAUGUAUUAUGAACUGUCGAUGCAUUCUGGACUGAAACGUGAUGCUUUGUAAAUCUGGUAUCUAAGGGACAUAAAUGUACAUAUCUGGUAAAAAAAAAAAAAUAUAAUAUGUAUUGUUGUUUUGUAUCUUUAUGGAGAUUUCAUGGGCACCAGGGUUUUCACAUAGUGCAGAAGCAUGAGACAUUAUUCAGCUAGUUCUGGACUCCAGACACAUCCUUUGUCAAGUUCCGUUUCAUUGUGAGAGAUGUUGCUGGCCUUAUAGUUUGAUUUAUUUAUGUUUUAAUAUACCUGUCAUUCUAGAUAGGCUGUAAUGCUUCCUGCUCUCCUGUAGCUGGAAACAAAUACCUGAAAGCUGACACAGAGAAUUACUGUAAGAGUAGAUCAUAUCUAAUAAUGGAUCUUAUAAUACCUUCUAUAUUUUAGGUUGUGUGUACCUUAAAGUGUCCCUGUCAUUUGAAAAAAACCUUUGACAUGUCACAGCGAUCUGCCUUCUGUGGAACUAGUCUAAGUCUAUUGGGCUGCAGGAUGGAGGUUACUGCGAGCCAGGGAGUAAAGUAUGCUCAACAAGACCCCAACCGAUCAAGACUUUUGACAUAUCUCUGUGACGUGAAAGUUUUUUUUAAAUGAUAGGGACACUUUAAUUGCUUUCAUCCUUUUUCUGGGUUUCCAAAUGUCGUGUCCCUUUAUGAAAUCACCAAAAAGCAAGUGUUUCUGACAUGCAAGCAGUAGAAAUUUUGAGACUGGUUCCAAUUUACAUUACGAAAAGAGACAUAUAUUUUAAUCGGGAGCCAAACCCAUUAUGACCCAUAAAAACCUACAAAUCAAAAUGGCUAAAAUCACCAAAGCCAAGAAAUAACAUUAAUACAAAAGCUUUAUUGCAGAAGUCAUAUCUUAAAACAUCUAAAAAGGAAUACAUUGUGUUAUGCACAUAUGGCAAGUGAUCAGCACAUGGCAUAACCAUGGGGCAUCAUAUUCCAAUCAAUAAACAGGAUUUAUAAGAAAAUCUGCAAGUAUAAUUGCAAAUUAGUAAUAUAGAAAUAUUAAACGUACAGUAUCUUACAUACGGAAGUCCAUCCCCCCCUUUGGUAAAUAAUUUAUUUUAUCUUUUCAU